CCGGGUUUGGGCCUGGCGCUGCGGUUGAGGCGGCGGCGGCGGCGGCCGAGCGGGGCGCGGGCGGUGGGAGCGGGGCACCGGCAUGGACGUUUCGGGGCAGGAAACCGACUGGCGGAGCGCCGCCUUCCGGCAGAAGUUGGUCAGCCAAAUCGAGGACGCCAUGAGGAAAGCUGGUGUGGCCCACAGUAAAUCCAGCAAGGACAUGGAGAGCCACGUGUUCCUGAAGGCCAAGACCCGGGACGAAUACCUUUCCCUCGUGGCCAGGCUUAUUAUCCAUUUUCGAGACAUUCAUAACAAGAAAUCUCAAGCUUCUGUCAGUGACCCAAUGAACGCGCUCCAGAGCCUGACGGGUGGGCCCGCCGCGGGAGCUGCUGGAAUCGGCCUGCCUUCUCGGGGCCCAGGACAGCCGCUGGGCGGGAUGGGGGGCCUUGGCGCCCUGGGGCAGCCGAUGCCCCUCUCGGGGCAGCCACCUCCAGGCACCUCAGGGAUGGCGCCCCAUGGCCUGGCGGUCGUGUCCACAGCAGCUCCACAGACCCAGCUGCAGCUCCAGCAGGUGGCGCUGCAGCAGCAGCAGCAGCAGUUCCAGCAGCAGCAGGUGGCGCUGCAGCAGCAGCAGCAACAGCAGCAGCAGCAGCAGCAGCAGCAGCAGCAACAGUUCCAGGCGCAGCAGAGCGCCAUGCAGCAGCAGUUCCAGGCGGCGGUGCAGCAGCAGCAGCAGCUCCAGCAGCAGCAGCAGCAGCACCUGAUUAAGCUGCACCAUCAAAACCAGCAGCAGAUGCAGCAGCAGCAGCAGCAACAGCAGCUGCAGCGGAUGGCACAGCUGCAGCUGCAGCAACAGCAGCAGCAGGCUUUGCAGGCCCCACCACCCAUGCAGCAGCCACCCAUGCAGCAGCCCCAGCCCGCCCCCUCGCAGGCCCUGCCUCAGCAGCUGCAGCAGCUGCACCACCCACAGCACCACCAGCCACCACCACAGCCCCAGCCGCCAGUGGCCCAGAACCAGCCGUCGCAGCUUCCACCACAGUCCCAGACGCAGCCUCUGGUGUCACAGGCGCCGGCACUCCCUGGGCAGAUGCUGUACACCCAGCCACAGCUGAAGCUGGUCCGAGCUCCGAUGGUGGUGCAGCAGCCGCAGGUGCAGCCCCAGGUGCAGCAGGUGCAGCCCCAGGUGCAGCCGCAGACAGCAGUGCCAACAGCUCAGGCCACCCAGAUAGUGGGGUCCGGAGUCCAGGUGAGGGCCCCGAGCCCAGGCUCCCAUAAGCGCCGGCAGGUCAGCCAGAGCAGCCUCACCAUGCUGUCCUCACCAUCGCCGGGCCAGCAGGUGCAGACCCCGCAGUCGAUGCCCCCUCCCCCACAACCAUCCCCGCAGCCCGGCCCGCCCAGCUCGCAGCCCAACUCCAAUGUCAGCUCCGGCCCCGCCCCAUCCCCCAGCAGCUUCCUGCCCAGCCCCUCACCGCAGCCCUCCCAGAGCCCAGUGACGGCGCGCACCCCGCAGAACUUCAGCGUCCCCUCCCCGGGACCUUUGAACACCCCUGUGAACCCCAGCGCCGUCAUGAGCCCCGCGGGCCCCAGCCAGGCGGAGGAGCAGCAGUACCUGGACAAGCUGCGGCAGCUCUCCAAGUACAUCGAGCCGCUGCGCCGCAUGAUCAACAAGAUCGACAAGAAUGAAGACAGGAAGAAGGACCUGAGUAAGAUGAAGAGCCUUCUGGACAUCCUGACAGACCCAUCCAAGAGGUGCCCCCUGAAAACGCUGCAGAAGUGUGAGAUCGCUCUGGAGAAGCUCAAGAAUGACAUGGCAGUGCCCACGCCCCCUCCGCCCCCGGUGCCGCCGACCAAGCAGCAGUACCUGUGCCAGCCACUCCUGGACGCUGUCCUGGCCAACAUCCGCUCGCCAGUCUUCAACCAUUCCCUGUACCGCACGUUUGUGCCGGCCAUGACGGCCAUCCACGGCCCUCCCAUCACGGCCCCGGCGACGUGCUCCCGGAAGCGGAGGUUUGAGGAGGACGAGCGGCAGAGCAUCCCUAAUGUGCUCCAGGGGGAGGUGGCCAGGCUAGACCCCAGGUUCCUGGUGAACUUGGACCCUUCUCACUGCAGUAACAACGGCACCGUCCACCUGAUAUGCAAGCUGGAUGACAAGGACCUCCCCAGCGUGCCGCCGCUGGAGCUCAGCGUGCCUGCUGACUACCCUGCCCAGAGCCCGCUUUGGGUUGACCGACAGUGGCAGUAUGACGCCAACCCCUUCCUGCAGUCGGUGCACCGGUGCAUGACCUCCAGGCUGCUGCAGCUCCCUGACAAGCACUCGGUUACGGCCCUGCUCAACACCUGGGCCCAGAGUAUCCACCAGGCCUGCCUCUCAGCUGCCUAGCCACCACCACUGCUGCAUCUCGGGCUGCCCACCCACCCACCGGGGACAUCAGGGCGGCCGGCAGCCUUGUCAGGGCCACGUGUUGGACGUUUCUAGAUGCUGGCUUCCUUAGAGAGCCUGGGCUUAGGUUAGCUUUCCUGCUUUUAUCUUCUGCCUUGGGGAUCUGCCAGGCAUUUCCCACACUUGGACAGAACAGGACAGGCGGCUGAUUGUGGAGGUGUGGGGCGGGGCCCCCAGGAGUCGGACAUGGCCCAGGCCCUGUGCUCCUCGGGCUGCUGUCCCCGUGGCCUCUGCAGGGCCCGUGUCCCCCCUCAGCAGCACAGAGUGGAGACUGAGGUCUUGUUGGAGCCUCUAUGUGCACCAGAAAACCCUUCUACGUUUCUGUGGGGGAACACGCCAAACAUAGGAAAUCCUUAAAACACACACAGGAUCCUCUGAUCAGUUUUGGGUUCAGUCCGUGCCACCGUCAGCAUGUGGGGCACACCACAGGGUAGCUCCAGGAUCUGCUGGAGGGAAGGUCGGCCUGGGCUGUGAGUCCCCUGCCAGUGGUUGGGCCUCAUACCCCACGGGGCCACUCAGCCCUGUGGGGAUGCCUGGGGAGCAGGGCGUCUGGGUGGGUCCUGUGUCUGGCCCCAGGCCCACUGGUGAAGCGCUGGGGCCCGUGCUCAGGGCAGGAUGUCGUCCUCCGCCUGCAGAGAGUGAGGGCUCCUGGCAAUGAGUUCCCCCUUUCUAUGUGCGUUACCGUGUUGUCUGUGGUUCUUACAAUAAAUUUAUUCUUCCCGUG